AUGGCUAUUGCUCAAGCAUCAACUAGUAUGGUAAGACCACCUCCCCCGCCAAGACCUCCCGCUGGACUGUCUCGAAAACCGCCACCACCGCCGCCGCGUAGACCUCCUGCAGCAACAACAGCACCACCACCAUCACGGCCACCACCCCCGCCAAGUAACAAUUCGCGGAAAUCUGGAAUCCCAAAGCCCCCACAGAGACCGCCGCCGCCACCUCCUCGUCCUACACAACAGCAGUCCCAGAAGCGAAAGGAAGCACCCCAACCGCCAGCCAAUCUUUCCGGGAAUAAGAGGCCGCGGAAUGACAACAAUAAAGUCUCCAUUCGAGCUCCUGUUGUCAUGCGAGACGUUGACGUUUUCGAAAAAAAGGGAAAAGUUGGCGAAGGAACUUACGGCAGCGUUUUUGUAGGCAAGGACAGAAAGUCUGGAGAUAUCGUUGCCUUGAAACGCAUCAACACAGAACAGGAAGAAAAUGGAUUCCCUAUUACUGCCCUUCGAGAAGUCAAGAUUCUGAAGGCUUUGGAUCACGAUAAUAUUGUGAACUUGAAGGAGAUUGUUACCUCAAAGGAGCAAGGUGCACUUCCAAAGGAUGUUUACAUGGUGUUCGAAUAUCUGGAGUACGAUCUCACCGGAGUUUUGGAAACCCCUGAGAUUCGGCUAAAUCAAGAUCAUGUCAAGUCGUGGUCACAGCAGCUCUUGAACGGAUGCCACUACAUGCACACCAACAAGGUUAUCCAUCGUGACCUGAAAGCUUCAAACCUUCUUAUCAACCGAAAAGGAGAGUUGAAGAUUGCCGAUUGGGGUCUUGCCCGAAGUUGGAAUAGCGAAAUGAAACGUUUGACAAACAAGAAAUGUUCCAGCUGGCCAACUUUGGAGAAAGAAUGCAGGCUUUGGAAGAAUUUUGCACCUGGUGCAUCAGAGAGGAAACCAAAUAAACUUGCAGAAGCUCUCCGUGCGAAACUGCCUCAUCCAAAAUGGAUGACAGAUGAAGCUGUCAAACUCGUUUCAAAUCUCAUGGCCCUCAAUCCCCACAACCGGUGGUCCGCUUUGCAGGCUUUGGAUGCAGACUAUUUUUUCGAGAAUCCAAUUGUGAAACAAGCAAAGGACCUCCCAAUGAGGUUUACCGUGUCUACAGUUCACGAGAUGGACUGCCGAAAGAAGUUUGAACAGAAGAUGGCAGAUCACAAGAUGCGCAUGCAAGCGCUGGCUGCCAAUGGCAGAGGUCCUGCCCCCCCACCCCGAAAGUAG